UGGAACUUCCUGAACUUUCUUCUUAUGUCGAAAGAUUUAUCGUCUGCCCAGAGAGGAAGUGAUAUUGUGCGUAAACAUAACGUGCUUUCGCUCGCACUGCACCCUUGGACUGCACAAUCCCCUCUUGUUGACGGAAGCUCAAUGCCGACACGGAAACCCGGCAAUGUUAAGCCAGUUUUACCCGUACCACUCAAAGUUACAAUGAGAGCAGAGACUCUGACACUGUUUGUGCUUUGUCUGGUGUCUUCUGGGGAUAUUUUGGACAGUAUACUGGAUGCUGCCUGGGGAGUUUUUCGUCCGGACAGUCAUGUAGGCCGGGAGGUCGUCAUCAACUCGUGGCGUCUGGAGUUGGGCACCGAGCUCAGUGCACUCGGGCCAGGGAGCAAUGACGAUCUGACGGGUAGGGGCUUCCGGCGAGGCCCGCUGUUUGCGGAUGCCGCGGAAUUGGCUGAACCACUACCAUCAGACACCGCUGAUCUCUUGCAAGAAUUGCGCGAGGGAGGCAAAAUUGUUGGCAUCAAGGAAGUGGAAGACUAUGCUGCAGAGUGCCUUGUGUACUGGUUCCGCAAACCAACAGAAGUUAUCACACCAGCUGUAGAUUACUUUGGUUCAAGAUUUCCCAAAGCUUUUAGCAUCAUGUUCAAAAUCAGAUAUGCCACAGACAAAACUGAAAACCUUCUCACCGUGGUUGAUGAAAAUGGCAGCAUUCAGAUACAAGUUCGGCUAGGUCCCAACAUGUGUGAGAUUCAACUACGAACAAACACAUUGGUGUCAUACAGGUUUUUCAGUGAAAAAUUUGGCGACGACGAAUGGCACAAUAUUGGCCUAGCCAUUGGCAACAAACAGAAGAAAAUCACAAGCUACAUGGACUGUAAUGAGAUCUCCUCAUUUCCUUUGAGGAGGAAGUUUGAGCUGAAAUCCAAUGGCAGAAUGAUCAUCGCUGGCACCAUCUUACCAACUGAAUCACCUUAUCUUGGAAGAAUACAGACCAUGUAUUACCGGGGUAAUUUUUUGUCAGCAUCUGAUUGUACAACAUUCUUCCAGUGUGAAAAUGUAAUUGAGGUUCCACCUUCAACCACAGUCCCCCCGAGCACAGUAUCAUACGAACCCCUUUGGCCAGAUUGGCUGUCAACACCAGCAACAACUACAGUGGCACCUGAGCCCCCUCUCCCCGAGCCUUCAACCCCUGAACCCACACCCCCAGCUCCCGUAACACACCCGCCCCAGACAAAGCCUCCAACAGAAGCGCCAGUGAUCACAGAGCCGCCAACAACAAGAAGUCCACCAUCCACCAAGCCAUUUCUCGUGCCAGCCACAAUACGGACCACAACACAGACAUUCACAGUUGGGACAAAACAUCCCAUUCUUGAUGUAGGCAUGCCAGGCCUCCCUCCUGGCUUUGUUGACCAGCUGCUAAGACAUGAUGACGAGCAAACAGUGGUCUACCUCCUGGAAGAAUUGGCCCUAAAUAUGCCUACUGCCUAUGGUGAUCGUGGUCCACCCGGAGCCCCAGGUCCUGAAGGUGAGUCUGGACCACCAGGAGAGCUUGGACCUAAAGGGGCAAAGGGCAUCAAGGGAAUGAGGAUUCCAGGCUAUCCAGGUUUCCGUGGUCCCAGAGGUCCCCCAGGCCAACCUGGAGGGAAGGGAGAGGAUGGACCACCAGGCCCACCGGGACUGGAUGGGUCCAAGGGUGCGAUUGGCCCGCGUGGGGGCCAGGGACUUCAAGGUUCAAGGGGUAGGAGGGGAGGACGAGGCAUGAAAGGACCACGUGGUGACAUGGGUGAUCCUGGUGAAAAAGGUUAUGCAGGAUUUAAAGGAACUUCUUCAGAGCCAGGAUCCUCGGGGCCACCUGGACAAACUGGCUUCAUGGGACCCAUGGGACCAAUGGGAGAACCAGGACUAAGGGGUAACCCAGGCAUGCCAGGAAUUCCUGGAUUCCCCGGAUUCAUGGGCUUUCCCGGUGAGGAUGGUGAGGCAGGGGAGGUUGGUGAAGAUGGUGAUCCAGGACCCCCAGGACCUCUAGGAGAGAGAGGGGAACCGGGAUUACUGGGACCCCCUGGAUUUCCUGGAGUCAAUGCUAGCGGGAUUGGGCCACCUGGACUUAAUGGAUCAGCAGGACCCCCAGGGGAGCCUGGAGCACCAGGUCUAGCUGGGACACCAGGCCCACGAGGUCCACCAGGAGAACCUGGCCCAGUGGGCAGGAAUGGCACCGAAGGGUAUGGAGGAUUGAGGGGCAGCCCUGGCCCAGAUGGACCACCUGGUGACAGAGGGGAGCGGGGCCCAAAAGGAAUUAAAGGUCAUCAAGGUCUAGAGGGGCAACCAGGGGAGCCUGGAUUUGAGGGUUACCAAGGCGAUCAGGGUGAAAAGGGACGAGAAGGUAGAGCAGGACCACCAGGCUCCAGGGGCGAGGUGGGGCCCGAGGGUGAUCCUGGUUUACCCGGUGAAGCUGGGGAAAAGGGGGAUAUUGGGGCUGACGGUUACUCCGGCUACCCAGGCUUGCGUGGGGACAGAGGCCUACCAGGAAUACCUGGAAUACUUGGGGAGGAAGGGGAAGAGGGGGAGCCUGGCCAAAUAGGUGUACCUGGCAAAAACGGUUCCGAAGUCAAGGGACCACAGGGUCGACCAGGGCCAAUUGGACCCACAGGGGCUCCGGGCACACCUGGCUACGAUGGUUCACCUGGGCCCAGGGGUCCCCCUGGACUCCCUGGUGAGCCCGGACUGGACGGUUACCCCGGGAGAAACGGAACUAGAGGGCGGAGGGGCAUAGCAGGUACGCCGGGUUAUCCUGGUGUUGCUGGCACUACUGGACUCACGGGGUCAAAAGGAGAACCAGGGGAGCCAGGGGGAAAAGGCCCACAAGGAGAUCCGGGUGAGAGAGGACCACAGGGCAUCAAAGGUGAACCGGGGGAGCCGGGCCUGCCAGGAAACACUGCUUCAGAUGGGUAUCCAGGGGAUGAUGGACUGAUCGGUGUUGACGGUCCUAAAGGGAUACGAGGUGAACCAGGGCCUCCGGGCCCCAAGGGACCAGCUGGUGUCGCAGGAGACCCAGGAAAAAGGGGAUUACUGGGUGACAGGGGUACAAAAGGAGGCAAGGGAGAGCAGGGCAAGUCAGGACUUCGGGGUGAGGUCGGUAGGCCUGGAAGAACUGGUGGGCGUGGUCCCAAGGGACAGAAGGGAGACUUUGGCAGCAGUGGCGGAUUAGGGAUACUGGGCAGGAGUGGAAUGCGGGGGCGAUACGGCACACGAGGAAACUACGGCCCAAAGGGGGAAAAGGGCGAGAAGGGGGAGAUUGGACCGGAUGGAGAGCCAGGCCUCAUGGGGGAGCGAGGCAUCGAUGGGCCCCCUGGCCUGCAGGGUGAGCAGGGCAUCCCUGGACCACCGGGCCCGCUGGGAAACAAAGGGAUACCAGGUCCCCAAGGCUUACAGUACGGGGGCCUCGGAGAGAAGGGUAGGAAAGGUAUAGAAGGUGUGGUCGGUGUGGAAGGGCCCCAGGGUGCACCGGGUGAUGUGGGUCCCCUGGGCGCAAAGGGCAGCAAGGGUGACCCGGGCAUCGGCGGGGACAUCGGGCCACCGGGUGAACCCGGGCCACCGGGACCAGUCGGACCAUUGGGUUUACAAGGUCGUAAUGGCUCAUCAGGGCGUGAUGGUCUACCAGGAGAAAAGGGACCCAAAGGAGUGGAGGGAUCAUACGGCUUAUCUGGCUCCGAUGGACUCGUGGGAGAGCGGGGCAUAGCCGGUGAGAAGGGCGACAUGGGCGCACUUGGACCGCCGGGCCCGCCAGGGCGCUCAGGCUACUUUGGCAUCCAGGGUCCCAAGGGAAGAGUGGGACUGCGAGGUCGGCAAGGACGCAGGGGUUUCAAGGGGGCCAAGGGGCUCAGAGGCGUGCUGGGCCCCAAAGGAGGCAAGGGCAAGAAGGGAUCCAGAGGCUUGGAGGGUCUGGAGGGCUACAAAGGCGGUCUGGGGGAACCGGGCUACAUGAUCAAUGGAGAGGAUGGCGUGGGUGGAGUGAAGGGCCCACCUGGCAUGAAAGGAGAAAAGGGUGAUCGUGGACCUCAGGGACCGCCAGGUCCGUUAGGCAGAGAAGGAUAUUCUGUGACAGGUGCUAGCGGCCCAUUUGGACUUCCUGGUGAGAGGGGUCCCAAGGGCCCAAAGGGAGAGAGAGGUCCGCCUGGACUACCGGCCCAGCCUGGAGAGGAGCUGAUCAUGGGACCACCGGGACCUCCAGGACCUCGUGGCCCCCCUGGACCACCGGGCAAGCCUGGAAAGAUAAAGGGUGAGAAGGGGGAUCAGGGUCCCAAAGGUGAAGCACCGCAAGGUCAGAAAGGUCAAAAAGGCCAAAAGGGCUUGCCAAAUGACCCUCCAGUGAGAGGCCCUAAAGGCCCAAAGGGCAACCCAACACCAGGCAAUCCAGGGCAGCCAGGCCCACCAGGAUCACAGGGGCCUCCUGGACUACAGGGACCGGAUGGCUACAAAGGUUUGCAGGGCCCCAAGGGCAUCAGGGGUCCUCCCGGGCCCCCAGGUCCCCCCGGUCCCCCUGCAGGCACGGAACCUCUGCCCAGUCCUCCACCCUCGGUGACACCUCCAACGACCCCGCCUGUUACUGUGCCGGACAUCAGGAAGAAGACGGGCACUGAAGCUGACCCAGCUGUCAACUGUAAAGACUUAAAAUCAGAUUUUCCAGAUUAUCCAGAUGGGCAGUACUGGCUGGAUCCCAAUGAGGGUUCAGCAGGGGACAAGUUCCAGGCCUACUGUGACCUGUCGGGAGGCGGCAGGACUUGUGUCAGCCCUGUGACUGCAACAAUUGAAGCCAAAGCGUGGGACAUCAGCGAAGCACGCUGGUUCAGCACCUGGCCUGAGGGAUUCACGAUAACCUACCCAGCCAGCCUAGUCCAAUUCAGAUUUUUACAUUUAAGAAGUAAAAGAGCCACCCAAGAAGUAACCUACACAUGUCAACGUGGUGUGGCUUACUACCACCAGAAGGGGGACCACUAUGACAAAUCUGCCCAAUUCAAGGCAUACAAUGAUGACAUAAUAACCCACGAGAGUCCCAUGCUACAAGUAGCACUAGAUGAUUGUAUGGUUGCACCCAAGAAGAGAAAGACCACCGUCAUGGAGUUGUCAACCAGGGAUGUGGAGCAGCUCCCCAUCACUGAUGUCAACCCCCAGGGCUACAAUCAGAACAAGGGUCAGGUGUUCGGCUUGGAGAUAGGUCCAGUGUGUUUUCUUUGAGGUCAAAGGUCAUGCUUGAGAAUUUCCCCAGGGACUGGAGUUACGAAAGGUCAAAGGUGUUUGGAUGGGGGGGGCUGCUGCAGACAGGUUUUCCACACUGCAGGCUAAUGAUCAUGCAUCAGUUUGAUCAUGCAUGUAACAACGUGCACGUAAUCCGAAAAAGCUUGGGGUUGGCAUGGAAAUUUCCAGCUACAGUGUUAGUGAUUGUUUUACACUCGUCACGUAAAUUUCCUGGGUAAUAUUGUCUUCCUGACUGCCCCAGGGAGUUGGCUGAAAACCCUUGACACAAGCACAGGCUCAGUUCAACAUCUCAUUACCGCUG